AUGGUUGCCCCCCGUGCCAUGAGUUCUUCCUCCUUUGGUGAUAUAGCUGACGAUUCAACUGGUUCAGUUGUGUUUCCUCGGAUCAAUCUCAAAGAUCCAUACAAGCGGCUUGGGAUAAGCCGGAUGGCCUCAGUCCUCAGAGGACGAGAUUCAAGGAGCGAGGAACUUUCUCAUUCACAAGUACGCUGCUCACAAACCCACGCUAUCGAAUCAGCUCAUGACAAGAUUAUCAUGCACAAGUUCCAUCAGAGAAAGCACCCAAAGUUCGACUUAACCAAGAAGGUCCGGGAAUUGAGACAGUCCAAAGCUGUCAACUUUUUCUUCGACAGAUUCCAAACUCCUGCCACUGCUUUCCUCGUCAAAACGGCAGUCACCUUUGCAGUUCUCGGUGCUCUCACGGUGAUAGCUACGUUUUACUUCAUCCACCAGAGGAGUGGAUCUUUCAUCUUCUCGUGGCUGAUUGGGACCUUCUUGAUGGUAUCUGUGAUCCCGCCCUUCAUCAAAGGACCAAGAGGUUUUGAAGUCAUGUCUUCGCUCUUAAGCUAUGUUUUGCUCUGGGUGUCUUCCAGCUACCUUAGGUACUAG